CGGGCCCUUUUUCUUCCCAUUGCCUUUUAUUCAUAAUCGUAAAGUACAAGCUUGUCUAACUAUGUUCUGCACCUCACUUCAGCAAAUGCAUUUUGUUUUAAGGCUUACCUUGUUGCCUUCUUCGUCUCUGUCCCUGUUUGGUGGUCUAGAAGAAGCAUGCAUGCAUAAAAUAAAACCUGUUCUGUAUUUACACGAAAGCUGUUCCCCCCUUUUCUUCUAACUUGUUUGCUUCCAUUUUUCACCGUUUGGCGAAUACAACACAAGUUUUUGUUCUUCUUUCUACCAUUUGUUCAUUUGGGUGUAACAUUUUUCUUUUCGCUAUACGGGUUCUGAUAUUUCUUCAAAACAGAUUGUUUUUGCUUUUCCUUAAAGGACUCGGUGGAGGCAAUCAGUACUCUUGUUUAAGAUCGCUGCAAGUGGUUUGGUUAUUGUAGUGUACUCUAGAAACGAUGCAGAAGCCGCCACAGCCUCAAGAGUUUGCCCUCAAGGAGACCUCCCCCAAAAUUGGGGCAGGGUCCUUCACAGGGGACAAGCUGUCAUGCACCUAUGACCUUGUGGAACAAAUGCUGCAUCUGUAUGUUCGUGUGGUGAAAGCCAAGGAUUUACCGGGGAAGGAUGUCACCGGUAGUUUGGACCCCUAUGUGGAAGUGAAACUUGGGAACUACAAGGGCCUUACCAAGCAUUUUGAGAAGAAGUCGAAUCCUGAGUGGAACCAGGUUUUUGCCUUCUCAAAAGAUCGAAUUCAAGCUUCAGUUUUGGAGGUGGUUGUGAAGGAUAAGGAUGUUGUCGUGGAUGACUUUGUAGGGAGAGUCUUGUUCGACUUGAAUGAAAUCCCAAAGCGUGUUCCCCCUGACAGUCCACUGGCUCCACAAUGGUACAGGCUAGAAGACCGGAAGGGUGUUAAGGCUAAGGGAGAGAUAAUGCUGGCUGUAUGGAUGGGAACACAAGCAGAUGAGGCAUUUCCUGAUUCAUGGCACUCUGACGCAGCAUCAGUUGGCCCAGAAGCAGUUGCAAACAUAAGAUCCAAGGUUUACCUUUCUCCCAAGCUUUGGUAUGUGAGGGUCAAUGUUAUUGAAGCUCAAGACUUGGUACCGAAUGAUAAAACCCGGUAUCCUGAAGUGUUAGUGAAGGUGAACCUAGGAAACCAGUUUUUGAGAACUAGAAUAUCUCCAAGUAAGACUAUAAAUCCUAUGUGGAAUGAGGACUUGAUGCUUGUGGCUGCUGAACCAUUUGAGGAGCCUUUGAUACUGACUGUGGAAGACAGAGUUGGACCAAACAAAGAUGAAAUCUUGGGAAGGUGUGUGAUUCCCCUACAAAUUGUGCAAAGGAGGUUAGACCAUAAGCCUGUGAACACUAGGUGGUUCAAUCUUGAGAGGCAUGCGGUUGUUGAAGGGGAACAGAAGAAGGAGACCAAAUUUGCUAGUAGGAUACAUUUGAGGGUGUGUUUGGAUGGUGGGUAUCAUGUGCUGGAUGAAUCAACUCAUUACAGCAGUGAUCUCAGGCCAACUGCAAAACAGCUUUGGAAGUCUAGCAUCGGAAUUUUGGAAGUUGGGAUUAUUAGCGCGCAAGGGCUGAUGCCAAUGAAGACAAGAGAUGGUCGUGGAAUGACCGAUGCUUAUUGUGUAGCUAAAUAUGGGCAGAAAUGGAUCCGCACGAGGACAAUUGCAGAUAGCUUUGCUCCAAAGUGGAAUGAGCAGUAUACUUGGGAAGUUUUUGAUCCAUGUACUGUUAUCACAAUAGGGGUUUUUGAUAAUGGUCAUAUACAGGGAGGAGACAAGUCUGGAGGAUCAAAGGAUUUAAAGAUAGGGAAGGUGAGGAUUCGGCUGUCCACUCUUGAAUCAGAGAGAGUUUAUACACACUCAUACCCUCUUCUGGUGCUGCAUACUUCAGGUGUGAAGAAAAUGGGGGAACUGCAAUUGGCUGUGAGGUUCACAGGCUCAUCUUUAUUUAAUAUGUUGUAUAUGUAUUCACAACCAUUGUUGCCCAAGAUGCACUACAUCCAUCCUCUAUCCGUGAUUCAGCUGGACAGUCUGAGGCAUCAGGCCACGCAGAUUGUAUCCAUGAGGUUGAGCCGUGCUGAGCCACCUCUAAGGAAAGAGGUGGUGGAAUACAUGCUCGAUGUAGAUUCACAUAUGUGGAGUAUGAGAAGAAGCAAAGCUAAUUUCUUUAGAAUAAUGAAAGUUCUGGGCGGGUUAAUUGCCAUAGGGAGGUGGUUUGAUCAGAUCUGCAAUUGGAGGAACCCUCUCACAACCAUCCUGAUUCAUAUCCUCUUCAUAAUAUUGGUUCUUUACCCGGAGCUGAUACUUCCCACAAUAUUCUUGUACCUAUUCUUGAUUGGAAUAUGGAAUUUCCGGUGGAGGCCAAGACACCCUCCCCACAUGGACACCAGACUGUCCCACGCUGAUGUUGCUCAUCCUGAUGAACUGGAUGAAGAGUUUGAUACAUUCCCAACUUCUCGGUCAUCGGAUGUUGUUAGAAUGAGGUACGAUCGUUUGAGAAGCAUAGCAGGUAGGGUUCAAACUGUUGUAGGUGACUUGGCCACUCAAGGAGAGAGGUUUCAGAAUUUGUUGAGCUGGAGAGAUCCAAGGGCCACCACUCUGUUUGUGACGUUCUGUUUCAUUGCUGCUAUAGUUCUGUAUGUUACUCCCUUCCAAGUGGUGUGCCUUCUCUUAGGCUUCUAUGUGCUGAGGCAUCCCCGGUUCCGUCAAAAACUUCCAUCAGUUUCCCUCAACUUCUUCAGGAGGAUGCCUGCCAGAUCAGAUAGCUUGUUGUGAACCCUUGCAUCAACAUUUAGCUGCUUCAACUUCUGGGGAGAAACAAUUAUGCAAAUGCAACAUGCUGUUUCACAUUUUGUUCAUUUAAUUUUAAGUAAUCAGUGAAUUUUAGUUCCUUUC